ACACAGUUGCUGCCCUGAGCGGGGGCACCUUCGUGGCUCUGGCUUCCCCACUCUCCUGAGAGGUCUCUGGGCUGUGGGCCCACCUUGUUGGCUGUAAGGGGGGCUCUGUGGGACCCCCCCCUGCAGGAGCCUCCCGGGGAAGGUGGGAUUGGAGUCAGGUGCCCCAGGCCUGCGGCUCUCCGCCCCCAGAGGCUGCAGACACCUGUGCCCCCACCUGUGCCCCCUCAACCACUUAUUCGCUCAGCCAGGUUUUCUGAGCACUUCCGUGCGCCGGACGCGGGGUCCACCCUCAAGCUCCCGAACCUCGGUUCCCUCGGAGACGUGGAGACCGCAGAAGAGGACGCCGGCCUCCCGGAGCAGGAGGCUGGAGCCGUGGGGCCCGAGGCCACGGGAGAGCCCGAGCCCCUGAGCCCUGCCAGUGCAGACGCCAAUCCCCCGCCCCCACCAUCGCCACCACCCGCCACAUCCCCAGGAGGCCCCGAGAUGGAGGGGCAGGAGCCAGAGGCCAGGCUGGAGGAGGAGCCGGGCAGCUCCUGGAGCGGGCCAGACGAGCUGGAGCCGGUGCUACAGGAUGGGCAGAGGUGCGUGCGGGCUCGACGCAGCCUGGCCGAGGGGCUGUCCUGGGGCCCCUUCCGCGGGAACAUCCAGAGCAAAGCCUCGUCCCCUGGGCAGGUGCAACCGGGCCCUGCCCUGACCCUGCUGCUGGAGGAUGAGCCCUGCUGGUUGAGGAUGCUGCCGCAGGCCCCGACCGAGGCCGAAGCCAACGCAGAGAUCUACAGGAAGGAUGAAGCCCUGUGGUGCAGAGUCACCAAGCCGGUGCCGGCGGGCAGACUGCUGGGUGUGCUCCUCAGAGCAGCUGAGCCCCGUGGCACCCCCAGCCACCCCGUGAAGGAGGAGCCAGCCGAGCCCGAGUGCCCAGCCCCCUCCCACACCGACAUCCAGCUCCUGCCCCAGCAGGCCGGCAUGGCGUCCAUCCUGGCCACGGCGGUCAUCAACAAAGACGUCUUCCCCUGCAAAGACUGCGGCAUCUGGUACCGGAGCGAGAGGAACCUGCAGGCCCACCUACUCUACUACUGCGCCAGCCGCCAGACCACCGGCUCGCCCGCUGCGGCCGCCGACGAGAAGCCCAAGGAGACCUACCCCAACGAGCGCGUCUGCCCCUUCCCCCAGUGCCGCAAGAGCUGCCCCAGCGCCAGCUCCCUGGAGAUCCACAUGCGCAGCCACAGCGGAGAACGGCCCUUUGUAUGUCUCAUCUGCCUGUCGGCCUUCACCACCAAAGCCAACUGCGAGCGGCACCUCAAGGUGCACACAGACACGCUGAGCGGUGUCUGCCACAGCUGUGGCUUCAUCUCCACCACAAGGGACAUCCUCUACAGCCACCUGGUGACCAACCACAUGGUCUGCCAGCCGGGCUCCAAGGCGGAGAUCUACUCCCCAGGGGCCGGACACCCCGCUGCCAAGCUCCCCCCAGGUCUGGCCCAGGUAGGUCCUGCUCCAGGCCUGAAGUGUGGCCCAUGGGGUCUCCCUGCAGACAGUCUGGCCAGCUUCCAGCAGCACACGGCCCCCCAUGGCCCCCUGGCUUCCACCGACCUGGGCCUGGCGCCCACCCCAUCACCAGGACUGGACAGGAAGGCUCUGGCUGAGGCCACCAAUGGAGAGGCCAGAGCGGCCCCCCAGAACGGGGGCAGCAGCGAGCCCCCGGCGGCCCCCCGGGCCAUCAAGACAGAGGCUGCGACGGAGGAGCCCGAGGCGGAGCCAGGGCCCCCAGCCGCCGCAUCGAGGACACCCUCACCGCCCAGCCCUGCCCCUGCCAGGGUGAAGGCCGAGCUGUCCAGCCCCACACCCGGCUCCAGUCCGGGCCCUGGCGAGCUGGGGCUGGCGGCCGGCACGCUCUUCCUGCCGCAGUUCCCCGCGGCGCCCCCGGCCUCAGAGAUCCUGGCCAAGAUGUCGGAGCUGGUACACAGCCGGCUGCAGGCGGGCGCGGGGGCCCAGGCCGGCCUCUUCGCGGGGGCUCCCAAGGGCGCCACGUGCUUCGAGUGCGACAUCACCUUCAACAACGUCAACAACUUCUACGUGCACAAGCGCCUCUACUGCUCCGGCCGCCGCCCGCCUGACGACGCGCCCCCAGCGCGCAGGGCCAAGGCACCCCCCGCCCCGGGCCGCGCACCCCCCGGCCCACCGCCCCCCGAGGCCGACCCGGGGCGCGCCUCGCCGAGCUCCGGGGCGCGCGAGGACGAGGCGGGGGGCGCGGCCACACCCGAGGCCGAGGCCGAGGCCGAGGGGGGCGGCCGGGUCAGGGAGGGCAGCCCGGGCAGCCCCAGCCCGGGCAGCGGGGCGGACGAGGACGACGAUCCCCGCCGGACGCUGUGCGAGGCCUGCAACAUCCGCUUCAGCCGCCACGAGACCUAUACCGUGCACAAGCGCUACUACUGUGCUUCGCGCCACGACCCGCCGCCGCGCCGGCCCGCACCCGCCGGGACCCCCGCGCCCCCCGCGCCCGCCUUGCCCGCCGCGCCGCCGGUGCGCACGCGCCGGCGCCGCAAGCUGUACGAGCUGCACGUGGCCGCCCCGCCCCCCGCCUCUGGCCCCACCCCCGCGCCCCUCGGCCCCGCCCCCGAGCCGCCUGCGUCGCCGUCGCCCCGGCCGGGAAGCGGAAGCGGGCUCGACGCCGCCGACGGCCCCAUCGACCUGAGCAAGAAGCCGCGGCGCCAGGCGCCUGUGCCCGCCCCCGGCCUGCCCGCCCUGGCCGACUACCACGAGUGCACAGCCUGCCGCGUGAGCUUCCACAGCCUCGAGGCCUACCUGGCGCACAAGAAGUUCUCGUGCCCCGCCGCCCCGCGCCUCCUGCGCGUCGCCCCCGAGGACGCGGCCGCCAGCGCUGUCGUGUGUCCCUACUGCCCGCCCAACGGCGUGGUCCGCGGCGACCUGAUCGAGCACUUCCGCCUGGCGCACGGCCUGCUGCUGGGCCAGCCGCCCGCCGGCGCCCGGACGCCCUCGCCCGCCGCCCCACGAGACGGCCUCAACGGCCAGGAGCUGCGGGAGCCGGCCCCCGGCGCCCCCGACGGCAGCCCCCGGCCCGGCCCGCCACCGGCCCCGUCCCCCGAGGCGGUGCCGCCACACCCGCCACCCCCGCCGACGCCCCCUUCCCACUCGGACAAGGGCGUCCAGACCCCCAGCAAGGGGACGCCGGUGCCCGCGCCCCCCGGCAGCCACAGGUACUGCCGCCUGUGCAACAUCAGGUUCAGCAGCCUGUCCACUUUCAUCGCCCACAAGAAGUAUUACUGCUCCUCGCACGCGGCCGAGCACGUGAAGUGAGCGGCCGCCACACUACAGAGACCGCUUCGCGCCCCGCCGCAGUUCAGGCGCAGGCCAGGCCCGGGGGCUGCAGGGGACCGCGCCUGCCUGGACUAUUGGCACUUAAUAAAGAAGUUCAGUUUGAUGAG